AUGCAUCGGAAGGCCUCACGGCCAAGCCGCGGCGGCAGAGGGCAGCGGGGCAAGGCGGCCGCCGACGGCGGCGCCGCCGACGGGCUCGUCGCCGCGCCGCAGCCGCCGCUGGAGGGCCUCUGCCUGGUUGACCUGGACGCCCUGGAUUGCGCCUGCCCCCAGCGCUUCUACCUGCCCGACUCCAGCUUCGAGAAGCUGGCCGACUGCUUUGCCCUGGUGGAGGGCAUGCGGCUGCCGCUGCACAACCAGCUGCUGGCGGCGCGGGCGGCGGUGCUGCGCCAGAUGUUUGUGGCGCAGGCCGAGGAGGGCGGCGCCGGCGCCGGCAGCACCCAGGAGCCCGUGGAGCUGUCCUCCGCCUUCUCCGGCUGCAGUCUGGCGCAGGUGGCCACCUUUCUGCGCCUCACCUACUCUCCCGACCACGCCACCGCCGCCAGCCUGCGCGCCGUGCACGCGCACCAGGAGGGGCUGCUGGCGGCGGUGGCGGGGCUGGCGCACCGGCUGGACGCCGCGGGGCUGCUGGCCAAGAUCGAGGCAUACCUGGGAGAGAGAGAACGCGCACGCGCCUCCGCCGCCGCCUCCAUCCCCGAGCUGCUGGGCAGCGUGCAGCUGGCAGAGGCGUGCCACCUGGGCGGCCUGGGCGACACGUGCCUGGGCCUGCUGGCCACGCGGCUGGCGGCGGCAGGGCCCUUCUGGGGCGAGCAGGUGUCGCAGGGGCAGCUGGCGAAGUGCAGCUCCGACUCCCUGGCCUGGCUGGCCUGCAAGAUGGCGGGCAGCGUGCAGGCGGGGGCGUUCGCGCCGCCCGCGGUGCACGGGCUGCGGCGCGGCAGGCGCGGCGCGGCGGGCGGAUACACCUGGGUCGUCACCCACUUCUCCAAGCAGCAGGGGCGCAUCACGUCGCCGUGGGUGGAGGAGGGGCUUCACUACAAUGUGGACUGCGGCAAGGACAUGUUUACGGCCACCACACAGAACUGGGGCAAGACGCGGAUGAUGCCGCUGAGCGAGCUCAACCGCAGCGACCGCUCAUACCUGGCGGGGGACAGGCUGGCGGUGCGGGUGUCCAUCCGCGUGCUGCCGCCGUCUGGAGGGGCGGCUGCGGCGGCGAUAGUGCAGGCGCCGCCAGCUGCUGUCCCGGGCUUUGCCUGA